GCCAAUGUAAAAGAAUCCAUAGAAGUGAAAAUUUUUGAUCCGGACUUUCAAAUGUCGGAUAAGCGGAUGCUUGGUCUUCUCAAGAAGGUGGACCUCGAGAGCCAUGGUUACAAGAAGGAGGUCACUAUUAAGCUAGUGAGCGAGUCAGGGAGUGUCAAACCACUCUACGAGAAAUCAUACCUCUACUACAAGGAAAUUGCUUGCUCAAAGCUGCGGGAGAUCGAGCAAGAGUUACAGACCAUGUUACCAGGUAACUUUGAGUAUCUUAUCACCCUUCAUGAAAAAGGAAAAGUAAAAAAAAAGUUGUUGCAUAACAGAAUUUUAUUAAUUCUAGUUCUCUCCUGCUGAUUCAGGUGUCUUUGGGAUGGAGAUGGUAACGAAGAUCAACCAGGAGAUAAAAACUAAGAAUCUGACCAAGAUGAAGCGCUGUAAAGCAGGACUGGAGGUUCACUUCAAGGAAGCAGAGGGAUGCAAUGUCUCCAAAACAUCUACUAGACGUCGUCAAAAGCGCAGUCCUUGCAAAUGGUGCAUCUGGUGC